AUGAAGUACGCUCUUGCUGCAGCUCUGAUUCUUCAGGGUACUACCGUACUUGGUAGCCUUCUACCUGUUCACUUCAAGGCACCUUCUCCCGCACAUUUCCUCGAUAUUGUGAACAAUGGCACAUACGAUCUGGGCUGCAGACCGAAGGCAGUUCCAUCCGAGCAGGGCCAUUUCGAGCUUCAUGCUCUGCUGACCGAGGACCAAAUCGCGUACCUGUCCAAGGAGUACGAGAACUCUGAGGAGAUCAGCCUACAUCGCCGGGAUCUUACCAAGAGGGCCGCCGAUGCUCCGAUAGGUAGUGGCGACCGCUGGCAGGGUGGUGCCGUUACACCAUCUGGUCUUGGCACUAAGGCUGCUGGUACGACUAUCAGCAGCAUCAUGAAUGUCAACGAGAUCAACUCAGCCAUCAAGGGUCUUGUAAGCGGAUACGGUAUCAGCACCGUCACACUCCCAUUCAGGACCUUCAACGGGGCUACGCAAACCGCCGGAUAUGUCGGCGCCGGUACAGACAAGUCCAAGUACCGCCUCUACCUGUCUGCUGGCAUGCACGCACGCGAACGUGGAGGCCCUGAUCAGCUCAUCUACUGGAUCUCGGAUCUUUUAGCCGCAAACAAGGCUGGAACCGGCCUCAAGUACGGUAGCAAGACUUACACCAAUGCCCAAGUCAAGAGCGUCCUCGCUGCCGGUAUCGUCUUCUUCCCCCUCGUCAACCCAGAUGGUGUCGCAUACGACCAGUCAUCCGGCUCACUGUGGCGCAAGAACCGCAACACUCGGUCCGGCACUAGCGGCGCCUCAGUCGGCGUAGACAUCAACCGCAACUUCGAUUUCCUCUGGAACUUCAGGAAGUACUUCGACCCCUCCACAUCUCCUGCUUCUACCUCGCCUAGCUCAGAAGCGUUCUACGGUUCAGCUGCUGCAUCUGAGUCGGAGACCAAGAACCACGUCAGUAUCUACGAUUCAUUUCCCAAGAUCAGGUGGUUCAUGGAUAUCCACUCCGCCACUGGCGACAUCUUGUACAACUGGGGCGACGAUGAACUGCAGAGCACCAGCACAACGAUGAACUUCCUUAACAGCGCAUACGAUGGAAGGAGAGGCCGUCUCGGCGAUACAACAUACAAGGAGUACAUGCCCUCGGCUGAUGCGACAAACAUCAGGAACGUUGCUGCUAAGACUGCUACUGCGAUGCGCGCCGUGGGCGGACGAUCUUACACCUCGAUGCAAUCAGUUGGCCUCUAUGCUACAUCUGGUGCUUCAGACGACUACGCUGCUAGCCGCGUGUACGCCAAGUCUGGUGCUAACAAGGUCCACGGAUUCACCAUGGAGUUUGGAUACAGCACCAACUUCUACCCAACACUGCCCGAGUUCAACACCAACAUCCUUGACACCAACGCUGGAUUCAUGGACUGGGCACUUGCUGCAAUUGCCGUUGGUCUUGAGUAG